AUGAUUGAUGUAACAGAACCAUUACUUUCAAAAUCUAUUCGAAGUCGUUCAGUACCAGCAAAAUCUAAGAUUAUUCAUGAUUUAGGAACAUCAACAUUAACAACUAUGACACCAAUAACAAAACAUGUACAUAAUAUAUCAUUAGUUACUUUAGCACAAAAUUUUGCUCAUCGAGUUUCAAAACGUCAAGAAAAUUAUCAAAAAUUUUCAGCAUCUUUAUUAAAAAAUAAAACUUUACUUGUACCAACACGUUUAGCACUUAAACGACAACGAGCAGCAUUUAGAAGUCCAUUAUUACAAUAUGAACCUGUACGAUCGGAAAGAUUUCAAAUUGAAUUAGGAAAUUUAGAUAAUACAAUAAUACAAAAUCAUCGAGAUGAUACACGUCCAACAACAACACCAGAAGAUGAUAAUCGUAUUAGAUCAACAUCAAAUCAAACUAAUUCAUUAAGAGAAGAUACUCCUCAUAUAUUGCCAACAGAUAUUUCACUUAUGUAUAAAGAAAAACCUGUAUUUCUUCAUCCAAUAACUGGUCAUUUUAUUGUACAAUAUGUUGAAGACAAUGGUAGUCCAUCACCAUGUUCAUAUGUUUUACCACGUAAAUCAUGUCGAGAAAAAAAUGCUCCUGCAUAUACAUUUGGAACGAGAUGUUUAGUUGAAAAAAAAGGUGGUUCACGUACUGCUUGGCAAAAACAAUGGUUUGCUAAUUCAAAUCCAUUUACAACAAAAGUUGAUUUUAAUCGUGAAUGUGCUUGGCCAACACCAUUUCAUUAUUAUGUACAACCAACAUUAGGUCUUCAAACAACAAAACCUACUUUUCCAGCAUGGUCUAUUGCAACACGUCUACAAGAUAGUCCGACAUUAAUAUCAGACAAAAAUCCUGCUCCGGAUACAUAUGAUACAACGACAGCUUUUCGAAAAUUAACAGCAAAAAGUACACCAAUAACAUUAAAAUCACGAAUAGGUGGAACAAAAAUAACAACUAAUCAAUCAAUAGAUAUAACACCAGGUCCUGGUGCUCAUGAUGACAGUAAAUUUCUUUCGAAUAGACGUUCAUCACCAAAACAUUCAUUUGGUAAACGUAUACCAGCCUCACUUUGUCAAGAUCCUUAUGUUAAUGUUAUACCAUCAAUUUGA